AUGUCGUCCAGCCCGGCCUCGACUUCAACAAGCCCAAAUAAUGCUAGCACCAGUGCCGGGAGCAGCAGCAGCAAUAACGCGGCCAUACGCGCUCGCGAGGCGCACACGAUGAAGCUAGGCGAGAACUUUGAGGUGGCGAUACCACCACGAGCGGCGUACAUACCGUUCGGGGCAAUGGUGCUGGGGACGUUGAUCGGGGGUGUACGCGGAGGGAGGAUGGCCGGUAUGCGCUUCCUGGCAGAGAACGCGCACCGGCCACCGCGGACGAAGCGGGGGUGGUACCUUUACUACAAGACACGGAAUUACAAGGUCGCGUUGGCGGCACUGCAGGAGGGCGGCAGAUGGAGCAUGCGGCUCGGCUUCAUCGCAUUGAGUUGGGUAGUGUGCGAGGAAGGGAUGUACCGCACGGGGUUAGGCGACUUCCGUGAGUUGGGUGCUGCGGUGGGCACUGCGAGCGUGUUUUCGGGCGUAUGGCGAUUGGGAUUGCGGGACGCCGGGCGAGCCCAAGCGCUCUCGCUGGUAAUCGGAAGCUCGAUGAUGGGGCUGAGAUUGCUUCAAGAGAGAAUGAUGAGGAAAGAGGGUGAAGAAGCCAGGGACGGGGUUGCCGAUGGGGUGGAGUCGCCAACAUGA